AUGCUGACAGUUGCAAAACUGAGUAAAUUAAAAGGGAGUAAGCCAUACUCGCAACCAUUAAAAGUGAAAGUAUGUGCUGUCGGAACACUGCAGAAGUACCAGGUUGACAGUGGUGAAAAAAAGGAGUGCUUCACUGUAGGAUUGGCAGAUGCAACAGAUGCCCUGAAGGGGACUGUCUAUGACAGCUCAAAGCUGAAGAUCUUGAGUCCCAGUAGCACUGUGAUUGUGAUGAACUAUAUAUUCAAAAAUGACAGUGAACCUACAGUUGUGAUAACCAAAAACACGAAGGUUCUGAAGACGGGGGCCAUGGAGGUUCCACAGGGAAUAAUGGACAAGGGUGAAAAUAUCGCCAACCCACCACCCGCUGUGACACGCCCUAUAAAAGAUGUGAAAUCCUCCCCUGUGAAGUCGCUGGUGUCAGUUAAGGGCAGAGUUGUGUCUGAGGACAUGACAAAGACUGUAAAGGUGAAGGGGGUUGAUGUUUGUGUGAAAAGUGUGGCAUUAAAGGAUGAGACUGACAGCAUCAAACUCUCCCUCUGGAGAGACUUAAGUGACACUUCCAUUGUCGGGAAAUAUAUUUCAAUAACAAAUGUUGUUGUUACAAGCUUUAAUGAGGAAAUUUCCAUAUCAACAACUUCAAAAAGUGCUCUUGAAGAGUGCGAGCCACCAGUUGCAAAAGUACAGGGAUCUGCCAUUGGCUUCGACCAAACUGAACUGCAUAUCUCACUCCUAAUGAACAUCAAGGAUGACUAUGCUACAUAUGACGUACCACUUGACAUCAUAGCUAAUGCCCUUGGUUGCUCCAUUAAAGACUUGGAAGGUGAAAUUGAGAAGAAUCUUCCAUUUCAGUGCUGUUUCGUAUUGAAAGACUCAACUGUUGAGGAGAUUAUCUCCAUCAGUAAAUCUACAUGA